AUGCCAUUCCACGCGGAACAGGCGCGAGAUGCACAGGAGGCGGAACAACCAUGGUUUGCCCUGCAUCCAUUUACACCUGAUGGCGCCAUGACAGCACGGGGAACACAAAGGCGUGAUGUUCCUGCACGGGUUGAAUGGAACUGGCAGUCCGUCCACCGUCACUUGCCAUUUGGCGCAGCAGCCAGUGAACUUCUGGAAGCAGCAGCUGCAGAACAACCAAAGCAGCGGCGCGAGCGCACGACGUUCACGCGCGCGCAGCUGGACGUGCUGGAGGCGCUGUUCGCCAAGACGCGCUACCCGGACAUCUUCAUGCGCGAGGAGGUGGCGCUCAAGAUCAACCUGCCCGAGUCGCGCGUGCAGGUGUGGUUCAAGAACCGACGCGCCAAGUGCCGCCAGCAGCAGAAGCAGCACCAGCAGCAGCAGCACCAGCAGAACGGCGACAAGGGCGGCGGCGGGCGCGCGGGGGGCGGCGGCGGGCCGGCGGGGCCGCCGCGGCGGGGCGCGGCGGGCGCGCGGGGCGAGGGGCGGCGGCACCAAGCAGAAGGCGCGCGUGCAGCAGUCUCCGCCGCCGGCGCCCGGGCAGUGGCGGUGGGCGGGGCAGGGCACGCCGGGCUCGGGCGCCGGGUCCGGGGGCGGGGCGGCGGCGGCCGCGCGCCCGCGCCGCCCCGCAGCCGCCGCCGGCCGCCCGCGCGCGCAGCACCGCGAACUCCCCGGGCUACAUCAGCCGCUGCUGAGCAGGCACGCCGCCCCGCAGGGGCGGUGGGCCUCGUUCGCCCGCGCGCCGCCGCCGCCGCCGCGCCGUCUACAACGCGGGCAACUCGUGCCGCCAUCUGGAGCCCUGCGCCAUUCGACAGCUGCCUGACCAGCCCGCGGAGGCUACAUCGGUCACGCAUCAGUUCCCGUCGCAGCAGCAAGCAGCGCCCGCCUCCAGCAGUGUCGCCAGGGCUUUAUCGCGUGCGCCCGCUGCUCCCGUCCCGCACCUAGCCCCCCUCUCCCCGCCCCGCUCCACGCGGCCCGCUCAGCACUCCACCCCCGGCACCGCCCGCGCCCCUCCCGGCCGUCACUUGGCGCCCCCCUUCACGACGGCUCCGGAGAGACUUCUUCCUAAUAAUCACCCUGAGCCCCCGUAUGGACGCUGCCUCUACUGCACUUGUUCGUUGCAUGAUGAGUCACUUUAAUCUACCUCAUUAGGCUUGGUGGUCGGCGCGGCGCGGCAGGGCUUCGGCGCGAGCGCGGGGCUCUUUCAAGCGAUCUUCUCGCAAAGAUCUUCCUUUCGAGGGGGUUUUCUCGCCCUCCGAGUAGUUGAGAGUUCAAGGGCGCUCCGACUGCCAGUCGAUUACCCGUCAUAGUUUUCCAGCCCAUCUCAUUUUGGAUCGACAAGUUGUUUUGAAAGUAACCGGCCCGUAAUCAAAAUUUCUGCAAUAUUUAUCGCCGUCGCUUCAUUGAGCGAAAAAUGUAUGUCUUGUUUUCGACUCUUCUAAAUGAGAAGUACGUGUUUGUUGUGCCAAAACAUGCGGAGAACGUUUCGUCCUCUAAUUUCCGUGCGUUCCAGCCGUUUAGUCUUUCCUUUUCCCUUCAAAUGUCCUGUCUCAUCGAACGCAUGCCUGGACUCUCAUGAAUAUCGAAUAUUUACCUCAUCCUGAGCAAGUGAAUGAAUGUGAUUUUGAAAAGGACAUGGAAGUGAACUACGGUUUCCUGGGAUAGGAAUUUUAUAUUGUUUGAAAUUUUACAUUUUGCUUCCUUCAUUCCUUUUUUUUCUGUAUUGCAGUGUGGUCGUGCUCAAGAGAUUAUCUGCUUAUGAAUUAGACGAACUUGUAGAUGUGAUAAAUAGAAAAGACGUGGGUCUGUAUGUAUAUAGAAAAUGCCCUAUACUUAUAUAAUAGAAAUAUUAAGCGAUGUAUUAUAGAGACUUGUAUUUGCAACCAGUCGACUGAGUGAUACAUUUGAAAUUACCUCAGACUGCCCAACUAUUCUAUUAUCUAGAUAUAAUUAAUUGAUAUAUUAAAUAGGCUUAUAGUGUAAAGUAAGUAAAAUGUAAAAACUUUUAAGUAGUUAAAUGUUCUAAAUUUAUGGAUAACUAAACUUUUUACAUCGAUUUUGAAUGUCUUACAAAGUUUUUCGUUAUUGCGAGGACGUCUGACAUUAAUGCUGGCUCGUUGUUCCAAGUAGUGUGUUUAUGAUGAGUGUAUGUGAAGAUUGUUUGCAAUUUGCUCCGAAAUAUAAAUAUCUCCGAAUAGUGUAUUUUGUGUUCUUCAUUUAACCCAAUUUAUACAAAAC